CGGCGGAAGGCGGUCCUGCGGUGUUGGUCUGGGCAGGCGGGGAGCGACGCCGGCGUCCCGGCGCCUGACGUGCUCUAGGUCAGGCGAGGGGGCACACGUGUCUCGGUGUCUCGGUGUCUCGGUGUCUCGGUCAAACAACACAACACGUAAGGCCGCUCGCAGUCAGGUUCCGCAGUGGCAGAAUGGGCUGGUGAGCUGGUGAGCCCAGAGAGAAACAGAGAGAGACAGAGAGAGAGAGAGAGAGAGAGAGAGGACUUCUUCGGCCGGACUCGGGGUCCACACGGCGCCCGCUCCGAGGUCGUCGUGGAAGGGGGGUAAGCGCGCGUGCUGUCUCCGCCGAGAUCCGGGGCUGUUGUCGCCUUUCCCCGUGGCUUCUCCUGCGGGCAACGUCGUCGCGUCUCGAGAGUGCUGGUGACCGCGAUCAUCAUCGGCGAGUGCGGUUCCCAAAGUUACCUUCCGCGCGGGGUCGAAGCGACGGAGGCCGGACUGUGUCCGCUCGCGGAGGUCGGUAUGGCGGCGACGCGAGCUCGCUCCUGUCUUGGCACGACGGUCCUCGGCGCCUGAAGUCCCCCCCCCCCCCCCCCCCGCGAUGGUCGACCCGGAGGAGUGGGCGACGCCCUCGGCCGCGUGGCCCACGGACCCGGGGGCGCGCUCGUACCCGUCGACCGCGAGCGACGCCGAGGCAGGCGGCACGACGUGGGACGACCCCGCCGCGACCAACUGGAGCGACCAGGUCUCCUCCACCGAAUCGCCGCUCAACUCCUUCUACUUCUACGAGACGGAGCAGUUCACGGUGCUGUGGAUCCUGUUCGCUCUCAUCGUGCUGGGCAACCUGGCCGUGCUGGUGGCCUUGCUGCUCAACAAGUCCCGCAAGUCGCGCAUGAACUUCUUCAUCAUGCAGCUCGCGCUCGCAGAUCUGACGGUGGGGCUGAUCAGUGUGCUGACAGACAUCGUGUGGAGGAUCACCGUCACUUGGCACGCUGGCAACCUGGCGUGCAAGUUCAUUCGCUUCGCACAAGCAGUGGUGACUUAUUCGUCCACGUAUGUGCUCGUUGCACUCAGCAUCGACCGCUAUGAUGCCAUCACCCAUCCUAUGAACUUUUCUGGCAGCUGGCGGCGAGCUCGGGCUCUGGUUGCCGCUGCGUGGAUUCUCAGCGCCAUCUUCUCCAUCCCCAUCAUAAUACUCUAUGAAGAGAAGUACGUGCAAGGCAAGCUGCAGUGCUGGAUCGACUUCCCCGAGCCGUGGCAGUGGCAGCUGUACAUGACCAGCGUGGCGGUGGCCCUGUUCAUCGUGCCGGCCAUCAUCAUCUCCGCCUGCUACACCAUCAUCGUGCUGACCAUCUGGAGCAAGAGCAAGGUGCUGACGCCCACCGGCCGCCCCCGCUUCUCCACCCGCAACAAUCUCCGCUCCACCCGGAGACCUUCGGAUGACCAGGAUUCUCGCAGAGCCAGCUCUCGUGGAAUCAUUCCUCGAGCCAAGAUCAAGACAGUCAAGAUGACGUUCGUCAUUGUGUUCGUGUUCAUCUUGUGCUGGAGCCCGUACAUCGUGUUCGACCUGCUGCAAGUGUACGGCCACGUGCCGACGACGCAGACCAACAUCGCCAUGGCAACCUUCAUCCAGAGCCUGGCGCCCCUCAACUCCGCAGCCAACCCGGUCAUCUACUGCCUCUUCUCCACCCACAUCUGCCGCACGCUGAGGAAAGUGCCGCCCUUCAGCUGGGUCGCCAUGGGAUUGUCCCUGUGCUUCCCCAGCAUGCAGUCCCGGGACGGACGCUGCUUGCGCUACGGGACGGACACCAGCUCCACGGUGACGGAAACGCUGACCCAGCAGUCGUCCCGGCGCUCCGCAUCCAACAGCACGUCUUUGCGCCACGUGCUGGUGCGAGCCCCUAAAGACACCACGCCUCGGCACGCCAACAUCGCCAUGUCCGUCGUGUAGCAACCACACCAAAGAUACUGCUUGGGCACAACCAAGUCACAAGUUCAUCAAUGCUAAAAGAUAUUUGUAAAAACUUCCUCGAAAUGACAUUCCUACGUUACAUGCCACACAACUUAAAAUAUUAAGUUUAGUGAACGGCUGCGUUUAUCAAGUUAAGGUGACAGUGACAGUACACCAGUAUUAUUUUAGCUGUUGCAUUUCCAUGCAGGCGUGUACUCACUGUACCUAAUAGCUGGUUGUCUUUGAAAUACCAAAUGUAAAGUUACUCAUUGUUAAGUGUAGCUGAAGUUGAUGAAAUGAUACAACUAAUCUCACAGCAUCUCACAGAUGAGCGUACGUACAUAAUCUCAAGUUGUCACGGACCAAGGCCGGGGCCCAAUUUGGAUAACCUACAGUGUGUGCAGUGUGCUGACCACGCUAACAGCGUAAAAGCUUCAAGAAAGCAUUUUGCCCGAACAACACUAGUACAGACCAUGUACAGUUGCUGCUAUUUAUUAAUGUUGCUGUUAAAGGCGAUCAGGCCCUGCUGUCUUGGAUUUUUCUUAAGUUCAAUUUUUUUGAGUUAUUUAUUCAAAGUUCAGGCAUGACAGGGCAUAAAAAAAUACUUUGCCUAUAUAACUUAUUGUAUCCUGAUGGUUACAAACACGUUACAGCCUGAUACUGCUAAAAUAAAAAUUACUGAUUACUUUGCAGAGCAUAGUGAUUACAUCAGUCCACAAUUAUUGAAAUGAAUACUGUAUUUACCUGAAUAAAAUAUGCACAAGUAGUCGUAUAAUGUGUGUUGAUAGAGCAUUGUGCACGACGUAUUCAAAACUAGACAAUGCCGCAUGAAAACACUGCGUAGCACAAGUUUUGUCACACUCCAAGGUUGGUGAACCUGCUAUUGCUUAAUGGACGAUGAACAUCUUACACAUGGUUUGUGAGUGUGUUUGUGAGUAAGAUGUUGCUAUGUUACAGAAGGUACAAGGUUUUGAUCAUUUAUGGUUGCUGAAAAACCAAAAAUGCUCAGGAAAUGGGAAAUUUUGCUGUGGGAAAAGAAGUAUGUUGUCAGGGAAAGUUUUAUAAGUGACUGGAAAGAGGAAAAAAAAAGGAGGGGGGGGGGGGGGGGGGAUUUUUUUGAGUGACAUUGGUAUUGCAAUUAUUAAUUUUAUUUGAAGGGUAAGAAUUUGUGUGUGUGUGUUUCUUCAACAAUUUUACAAUUUAUUUAAUUUACUAUCCUUGUAAUAUAGCAUUAAUUUUGAUAAUUUGUGACAAGAUAUAUUAAUGUAGCUUCACUACAGUAAAAAAAAUCAGCUGCGGACAUAGUCUUUUUAGAUCCUUCUUAAAUACGGUAAGUGCACAAAGCUAGGCCCCUUGUCAUGUGACACAAUAUUGUAAAAACCAAGAUAGCAGGGCCUGAGUGAAACCUCUUCAUAAUGCCAACUUGAUUUGGGACCUGAAUAGGCUUAAAUCAAAUGUAAAAACUGUACUUAAAUGUGUAAAGUAAAUACAAUAUAUAACUGCAUUUCUCAUGUGAAUAUUGUGUGUAAAUAAAUGUAUAGAAGUCCAUAAAAA